GUGACAGCACUAUAUGCACAGUCUGCAAACGAGUGACGGAGGGGGGGAUUUUAACCAGAUACGUCACAACUACAGGGGAAGGGAAAAAGAGGGAGGGACGGGAGGAGAGGAGGAGAGCAACCGAAUUGAGACAGAGAGAGAGAGAGAGAGAGAGAGAGUACAGAGGGAUAUAUUGACUCAAAGCUGGUCUGCAUGCUCCUCAGUGUGUGAGAAACAGAGGACGUGAGAGCAGGCAAGAUGGAGUGCUGGCACAGAUGAAGACUGUCCCUGGUCCCGUUCGACAGUCCACAUGAGCGUCUCCAAACCCCCACCGCCCCCCACCACCUCCCACCUGGCCAUCCCCCCUUCCUCCACCUCCACCCCUUCCUCGUCCGCCUCCUCGCCCUCGGCGACGUCGCACUCCACCUCUAUGCCCCCACCCUCGCCGGUCAAGAUCUCUAUGCAGGAGCACUUUGCCAUCAACGUGUGCCCGGGGCCCAUCCUCCCCAUCCCACAGAUCUCAGACUUCUUCCCACGUUUCCACGACUACCCCUGCACGCCUCCGCCCCCGAGGGAGAAGAAGAUCCUAAAGGAGGAGACUUUCAACGGGGAGACGGGCGGGGGAUACAAGGAUGGGGAGAGGAGGGAGAGCAACGAAGGAGACAGGGAGGACAUGCUCGACUCCGAUGACGAGGACACCUACCUGGGAACGCUGGAGUUCAGCCUCCUCUUUGAUCAGGACAACAACUGUCUUCAUUGUACUAUUCACAAGGCAAAGGGACUGAAAGCCAUGGACUCCAAUGGGCUGGCUGAUCCAUACGUCAAGCUUCAUCUUCUCCCCGGGGCGAGCAAGGCAAACAAGCUACGCACAAAAACCCUGAAGAAUACGCUGAACCCAGUGUGGAACGAAACGCUGGUGUAUCACGGCAUCACAGCAGCCGACAUGACCACCAAAACCCUCAGGCUGUGCGUGUGUGACAUGGACAGACUCGGACGAAAUGAAUUCAUCGGGGAGGUGAGAGUGGCUCUGAAGAAGCUGAGAGAGGGCGAGAGCAAACGCUACAACAUGGGCCUGGAGAGAAUUGCACAGAAUAAAGAAACUAACAAUCAGACGGUGGAGCAGGGAGCGCUCGUGGGAGAGGAGGAGCGUGGCCGCAUCCUCGUGUCGCUGUGCUAUAACACAGAGAAGAGCUGCCUGCUGGUUGGAAUCAUACGCUGCGCCCAUCUGGCCGCCAUGGACUCCAACGGCUACUCUGACCCUUUCGUCAAAAUCAUCUUGCAGCCAGAUAUGGGGAAAAAGUCCAAGUACAAGACUACAGUGAAGAAAAAGACUCUCAACCCCGAAUUCAAUGAGGAGUUUUCAUAUGAUGUAUCCCUGGACCAGCUGGCAAAGAAAACCCUGGAGAUCUCUGUGUGGGACUACGACUUAGGAAUGAGCAACGACUUCAUAGGUGGAGUCGAGCUGGGCAUCAAUGCAAGUGGACAGAGACUCAAACACUGGUUCGAAUGUCUCAAAAACAAAGGGAAGAAAGUGGAGCACUGGCAUACGCUCACACAGCAAGGAGCCCCGAGCGGUGACAAACCGGACUAGAUUACAAGACAAGACAUUAAAUGCACCCAAACAGACCUAAACACACACACACACACACACACACUAACACACACACACACUGUUUGUCUCAUUGAAAGAUGGUUGGCAGCAGAGACCUAGUAAAGCAGUAACAGGAGCAAAGGAUAAAACAUGCAAUAAUAAUAAUGUUGAAAAUGAAAUCCAUCAUAUAACGCCAAUAAUUACAGCGCCGAGUAUUAGUAUAUGACAUUCAUACUAAUAUUAGUGAUGGUGACGAUGUGUAUCUGAAUACAUUUUUUAAAAAUGUAUUUUUUUCUAAAGGUGAAACCAAAUUGUGACGAUGUCCCUCAUUAAAGUGUUGACGUAACGAAACAAUACUCACAAAAAAAUUGUGCUUUAGACCUUACUGUAUCGUGGAAGUCGCUCAUAUUCUGUCAUUCGAAACUUAACACCUAACGAGGAUAUUUGAGAUUAAUGUACUCAAAGAUUCAUUCAGUGAACGGGGGCCAAACGUACGUGCACCCUAGUGACUCAUGACGUGGUAUUAUAGUUACAGGAGAGGGGGGUGUUUAUGAGAAGUCUGUUUCAGUGGUUGUUGAUCUGAUGCAAAACAACACACCGUAUUAUAAAGCACAAAAUGAUCCAUUUGGUGGAUUUGUACCUUUACCGUUUCAGUGUACUUAUGUCUUUCAUUGUCUUUCAGUGACAGUGGCUUUCUAUACACCUUCAUAUGAGACAUUAACGUGUCAGUAUAUGUAUGUGUGUGUGUGUGUGUGUGUGUGUGUGUGCAUGAGGGCUACGAGAAUACGAGUGCCUACAUUUUCCGUCUGUGCAGUGCGUGUACUCCGGCAUUCACGUCAUGCCCCAUUCACAAAAAAAAAAAAAAAAAGUCUCCAUCCACUUCCAGAAGCACAGAGGUGUGAAGAAAUAAUAACAAAGGACAAGAAAGACACAUACAAGAGAAAGAGAGAGAGAGUCUCAGUGGUGUGAGUGUUCCUGGCUGGAUGACCAGCCGUCAAUCAUGUGUCCCAGACCUUUGCCAUCCAUUUCCUCCAUGUCCAGACAGUCAUUGAGCAACUUUAAGAAUGGAAUAUAUCUCGGUAUCUAACCACCGACUGCUCCCUUUCCCGAUGAAAGGCUGAAGUUGUGUGUGUGUCCACGCGCAGACAGAACGGAUAUUGCUUUAGGAGGCACCGUUUGUGCUUUCACUCUCACCGCAGCAUUAUGAACUAGAUUUCAACAAGAUCCAAGCAGGGUUACCUCAGUGGCUCCAAUUCUGCUCCAAACAGAGUUUACAGAUGAUGCAACAUUUGCUCCCUGCAGGGUAAUAUAUAUAUAUAAAAAAUAAUAAUAAUGUAUUCAUUUGAAAAUUCUGGCAUUUUGAUUUGUCUUGUCUUUUUAUUUACUGAAAAUGCGACUGCCCAAAGUUUGAAAAUACGCCAUAAUCCACCUUAGUACACCCUGAGACGCUGAGAAGGAUCUAAAUGAACCGUCAGAGAGGCUGUGAUCAAUGUCGCAUUCAUCCCAUUACUUCUGACCUAUUAAAUAUCAGGCCUGUAGUGGCAUAUAUUUCAUCCUCUAGACAGGAGACAAGACCACAGGGACUACUGUGUCCAUGUCUGUGGCACAGGAUGGCCUGCCGAGAUAAACUGUAGUAGAAACCCCUCCUCCUCCUCCUCCUCCUCCUCGUUCCUCCCCACCCCGCCACCCCUUUUACAAUUUAAAAUGGGAUUACACCCUGCAUGGAAACACAUUUGGCAGCAGGGGACAGCUGAUAAUCACAAGCCAGGAUCCAAGAUAUUGGAGAACUGUGCUUCAGCCGAACACUUCAUCUACAUGCGUAUAAUGCCUCUGCAUAUUGAUGGUGUAUACGGGCUAGACUAUCAUUGAAUUGUCCAACUGCCUGCUGGGAUAUUAGAUGUACUCUCCCACCCCGUUUCAACGCCCCUCCCUAGUUCAUCAAUCACUACAGCUCUGGCCAUACACUGGUUCACAAAAGCACACCCACAGUCGGUCAGUGGCCUCCGGGAGUUUUCUAACUGUUGAAUCGAUCCGGCUGCUCAUAUUCUUGGUGUCCUUCAACAACCUUGUGUCUCAGCGUUGACAAAAAAAAAAAAUGGAUCCAUUCAGAGGUGAAUUAGGUUUCGAUUAACAACAAAAAAAAAAGGGCUCGGGCAUUAUAAAAGCUUGGAACUAAACUAACUGUUUAAACACAUCCUCAGUUCGACUGUAAAUGACUUUAACGAGACGGGGUUUUAGGGAAAGGAUGGUGGGUUUGUUCUGUACUUUUUCUAUGCACAUCGAAAAUACACCCAGCAUGUCGGCAGUGAGAUAAUCAAACCAAAACAACAACAUUAUCAUGUUAUCCAAGCAUCGAAGAUGCAUUUCUGGGAAUACUCAGUACUUUGAUUGGGGCUAGGCCGGGUGACAGUGAUCUAAUAGAGUUCACAUUUCUGGCUGGAUGGUGGAUUAUUCCUGUACUCCUGGAUCGGGUUGGUUUUGUUUACAGUCACCGAAUUUUUCUGACUCUUGUCUAUUGACCCCACUUUGCUUAUGUAAUCAUUUUAUCUGCAAUACAGCUGCAUGUUUAGCAGUCACUAUCAGCUUGUAUAAUAGAGUGCAACCUUAGCUGAUCAUUCUGAAUGCUGAUGUGUUUACAGUCUAUGCCAUCCAUUCAGUCUCCUACCAUCAGUGUGUGUUUUUGUUUCUCUGUGAAUAUGAUGAUUCAGGGUAUUUUUUGCUCAGUUGCUUUAUCAAGCAAGCUAUUGAUUUAACAAAGAAAAACCAAUAAAUAAAAAAAAAACCUUUACCGUCACUGGUUUUGACACUCGUCUUCCUUAAAUUGAGUGGUAAUGAUGCAGGAGGGCAGGGGCGGAUGAGAUUGGGAAUUCACUACUGCAGUCCCCCUGUGCAUUCACUGUCAAUGUCAAUCACACAGUGUGGCUGCCAUCUUGUGGUGGGUUUGUGUAACUACUUCGCAAAAAUAAAUUGAAGUUGUUUCAGUGGUCGUCUGUCUUUCCUUUUAAUGAUCCACGUUGUGUUUAAUUGUUCAAAAGUAAGACCACUGACGCGGUGUGUUAGUGUGUUUAUUCAUCAUCGCCUUUUAAAACAAUGCACAUACAGGCCUGUAUGGAUGUUACGCUCACUAUAUGAACUACUUGAAGCAAAACUGGCACUGAAUUUCAGAAUCAGAAUCAUAAGUACUUUAUUAAUCCUCGUAGGGAUUGUUUUAUUGUUUAAUUGUUUGAAUGUAUACUGUGUUAUGUCAGGUCUUGGAUAAGAAGCACAGCACAAGAUAAUGAAAUGCCUUUCUUUAACAUCCUGUCUGUCUCGCCUCCCUCA